CACAAACUUCCAAAAAGUUCAUUCUUCUCUGGAGAGGAUCGGUGACGGGGCUCUAAACCAUGGGGCUGCCGACUCUGGAGUUCAGCGAUUCCUGCUUGGAUAGUCCAGACUUCAGGGAAAGGCUGAAAUGUCACGAAAUCGAGCUGGACCGGACCAACAAGUUUAUUAAAGAGCUGAUCAAGGAUGGGAACAUGCUGGUCGGGGCGCUGAGAAAUUUAUCAAUGGCCGUGCAGAAAUUCUCACAUUCCCUGCAAGACUUCCAGUUUGAAUGCAUUGGAGAUGCAGAGACUGAUGAUGAAAUUAACAUUGCUCAGUCCCUGAAAGAGUUUGCUCGCCUACUCAUUACGGUGGAAGAAGAAAGGAGAAGAUUGAUCCAGAAUGCUAAUGACGUCCUGAUAUCACCUCUUGAAAAAUUUCGCAAGGAGCAGAUUGGGGCAGCCAAAGAAGGGAAGAAGAAGUUUGACAAAGAGAGUGAGAAAUAUUAUUCCAUCUUAGAAAAACACUUGAAUUUGUCAUCAAAGAAGAAAGAGGCGCAUUUACAAGAGGCCGACUCCUUAAUAGACAAAGAACAACAGAACUUCUAUAAUGCUUCCCUGGAGUAUAUCUUUAAAGUCCAGGAGGUACAAGAAAAGAAGAAAUUUGAAUUUGUUGAGCCUCUUCUGGCGUUCCUCCAGGGUCUCUUUACCUACUACCAUGAGGGAUACGAGCUGGCCAGGGAAUUUACGCCGUACAAGGAGCAGCUGCAAUUCAAUUUGCAAAACACAAGGAACAACUUUGAAAGCACUCGACAGGAAAUGGAUCGGCUAAUGCAGAGAAUGAAAUCUGCAGACCAGGAUUACCGGCCGCCCAGUCAGUGGACAAUGGAGGGAUAUUUAUACGUCCAAGAAAAAAGACCUCUCGGAUUUACGUGGACGCGGCAUUACUGUACAUACGACAAAAGCAACAAAACAUUUACUAUGAGCGUAUCGGAAACCAAAUCAGGCGGAAAAGUGAACGGACUGGUCUCCAGCGCUCCAGAGAUGUUCAAGCUGAAGAUGUGCAUACGGCGGAAGACAGACUCUAUAGACAAGCGGUUUUGCUUUGACAUAGAAGUCCUAGAAAGACAGGGGAUUAUCACACUCCAGGCUUUGUCAGAGGCAAACAGAAAGCAAUGGCUUGAAGCAAUGGAUGGAAAAGAACCUAUUUACACACUCCCGGCAAUCAUAAGCAAAAAAGAAGAAAUGUUCUUGAAUGAAGCUGGCUUCAAUUUUGUGAAGAAAUGUAUCCAUUCUGUGGAGACACGAGGUAUCACUAUUUUGGGACUCUACAGAAUUGGAGGUGUGAACUCGAAAGUUCAGAAGCUGAUGAACACAGUUUUUUCUCCUAAAGCACCUCCUGAUAUGGAUAUUGAUUUAGAGAUGUGGGACAAUAAAACAAUAACCAGCGCUCUGAAAAACUACCUCAGAUGUCUAAUUGAGCCUCUCAUGACGUACAAAUUACACAAGGAUUUUAUUCUUGCAGUCAAAUCCGAUGACCAGAACUACAGAGUUCAAGCAGUUCACGCCUUGGUUCAUAAACUGCCUGAGAAAAACCGAGAGAUGUUGGACAUCUUAAUCAAGCACCUUGUCAAGGUUUCACUGCAUAGCCAACAGAAUCUUAUGACUUUUUCUAACCUGGGUGUGAUCUUUGGGCCAACGCUGAUGAGAGCACAGGAGGAAACUGUAGCAGCCAUGAUGAACAUCAAGUUCCAGAAUAUUGUGGUGGAAAUUUUAAUAGAGCAUUAUGAAAAGAUCUUUCACACAGCUCCGGACCCCAAUGUUCCCCUUCCCCAGGCACAGCCGCGAUCAAUCUCCAGGAGAACUAGAGCCAUUUGUCUUUCCACUGGACCAAGAAAGCCUAAAGGACGAUAUACGCCGUGUCUGGCUGAUCAAGAAAGUGACUCUUAUAGCAGCAGUCCAACUAGCACCCCUAUGGGCAGUGUUGAAUCACUAUCUUCACAUUCCUCAGAACAGAAUGUAAAUUCACGGUCAGCUUCAUCGCCACAAAGAGACAAGAAAGGGGGCGGCAUCCCAUGGGUGACCUCCACGCCUUCCUCUAAUGGCCAGAAGAGCUCUAGCCUUUGGACCACAAGCCCCGAGUCCAGCUCCAAAGAGGACGCCUCGAAAACUGACGUAGAGUCAGAUUGCCAUAGUGUAUCUUCUGUGACCAGCCCUGGAAAUGUUUCUCCGCCAAUAGACCUCACCAAGAAAGGACUUUAUGAGCUUUCUGGGCUCAAGCGCUCUACAGCCUCCUCUCUUCGCUCCUUAGCUUCCACAGAAGGUAUUAAGAGCAGAAGCCCAUCUACGCAGAGCCUAACAUCUGUAGAGCUAAAAGACAUCGGAAAGGGUUUUCCAGACUUACCGCCAAAGGUGAUGAGACGGAGAUUGGACACUGGCUCCAGUAAUGGUUACCAAAGGCCAGGAUCCGUAGUGGCAGCUAGAGCCCAGCUUUUUGAAAGUGCGGGGUCACUGAAACAGUUGACGCCCGGACGGCAAGCAAAAGCAAUGUAUUCGUGUAAGGCAGAACACAGCCAUGAGCUCUCCUUCCCCCAGGGGGCGCUAUUCACCAAUGUGCACCGAUCUGUGGAGCCAGGCUGGUUAAAGGCGACCUAUGAGGACAAGACCGGAUUAGUUCCAGAGAAUUAUGUUGUCUACUUCUGAUGAUGAUGGCGGACAGCUGUAUUUUCAUGGUAUCCAUGGUGACAAAUCAGAAGACACGGUAUAACGAUGAGCCACAUGAAGAAGAGUAUAGGCUUUUGUAGGCCUAUAUGGUUGGUGGAAACUUUAGAAGGAUGGUCCACUGAGACUUGCUAUAAAGACUUUAAUUUGUGCAUGGAUACUAUAUACAAUGAUAUGGUUAUGUUGCUACGUAUGUGUCCAAAAGUGACCAUAACCCUAAGAGAUUCGGUACUUAAUUCAUGGUGGAAUUGCACUGAUCCCUUUAUCCGGACCCACCAGGAUAUCCUCUGAAUGACAUGGUUUGUGAGGGUAGAUUGUUGACCUAAGUGCAUACUCUUUGCAUUAAUAAUUUACUUUUUAAUAACUAUAUUUUAUCUUCACAUUGUAUGUACAAGUGGGUAUUUAAAUGUGAUUUAAUUGGCCAACAAAUCACUAACGUUGCCCUCCAUGAAGGCUAUAGGUAUUGAUGUGUAUGAGAUUUGAUUUUAAUACAAGUGUCUUGUCUCUGUAGAAGGUUCC